CAUCGAUCUUUGCCGUGCCAUGGCCCAUGUGGUCCGUACACCGCUGGAAGCCAGGCAACUUGCCUCGCGUCCGAAGAGUUUGUGAACGGAGGUAUCAAAAGAAGCAGGGCGUAGACACCAAAAACUUGCCUUUCUUGGUGCACAGGACUCCCUCGGGGAAUUUACCCGUGUACGUGGAGCCAACACAGAAGGGUGAGAAGUUUACACGCAUCCGAAGGGUCUUUGGCGAUGCACAACAUUUGGCCAACGAGGUGAGCCGGCUCUGCGAGAGUUCGGCGCGCGUGGGCAGAGGUGGGCGCAAGGCGGUGGAGGCCCAGAAGGGUGGCAUCCACUCGGGUCUUAGGGGUCCACGAGAAAAGGAUCAAGGACUGCAGAUGCGUCCAGUGUCCAGAUGCCAGGGGCGAAAUGUCGGCUUGGAGUCAGAGUCCAACGUGGCGCGACUGCUUGGAGUAGCAGUCACACGCGGGAAAUCCAUGCUGAGUUCGAUUGGGAUCUGCCAAUGGUUCGACUGGCUGAAGUGCAACUGUGCAGAAAAGGGGUGGGUGCAGACUGCUGCUGGAGAUGACAACACCAGUUGUCUCUUCCGAUGCACUCUGCAGCCCGACCCUGCCGUGGUUGAAGCAGGGCUUCCAAGUGCAUGUCGAGCUCUGCAAAGCCGUGGCAUGGACGUGAAAGACAUGUGGCCAAUGCCAUCUACGAGGGUGGCAAAGUCGAUGGCGUCGCGGGCCUUGAAGUAG